GGAAGUGGUAAACUUUCCACAAGUGAAACGAACCCAGUAGCUACAGCUUUAGAGUAUCUGUAAGAUCUGAGGUGAUGAACACAUCAAGCCAUAAUGGACAGACUGCCGUACACCUAUCUGCUGAUAUUUUACUGUCUGACAUUUGCCUGCAUCUUUGGAAGAGGUCAAGACUCGUCUCCGUCAUGUGAAGUUCAGGUGAUGGUGCAGAGAGGCACGAUAGAGAAAGCUGCCCCAAAGCAACGUCUGACAGUCAGGUGUCCUGUCAAACACUGUGGAAAGUCACUGAACAUCACCUGGUGUAAACUGCUCGAAACAAACACAUGUGAACAGAUCAAUCAAACAGAGAACGUCGAAAUAACACAACAAAAGUAUGCGGACAAACUGGUCUCAUUCUUGACUUUUAAACGGAUUUCCAUUCAUGACGACGGCCUGUACAGAUGUAGUAGAGGAGACAUAGAGAUCGCUCACCACAUCAACGUCUCAGUUUCAGAUUUGCACCAAGGGAUUGAAUACUCAGACUUUUAUGCAGGUAAGAACCUCGUGAACACGUCGAGCCUAACCGAGACUGCUGUACACCUAACUGCUGACAUUUAACAUCUGUCUGCACCUAUGAGAGGUCAGGUCAGCCUAAGUCUGAACACUGUGAUAUAUGACUUUAAAAAAGAGUCAGAGGAGACAGUUUGAAAAGACAUUAACGGUAAUUCUUA